AACCGAAGCUGCUCUCUCUCUCUCCCUCCCCAUAUUUAUGUACUUAAAUGAUUUUAUGGUACACAUAACGAUUAUUAUUUUAUUUUUUUGGGGGUUAAAUUUGCUGUGGUUUGAAUCUCCAGGUUCAAAAUUUGAAAAACGAGGUCUGCAGGAGUACAGAUUUUGCAGGCUUUGUGUAUAACCAUAUUUAUGUAUAAAGGAAAAACAUUUUUAUAUAUUGUUUCUUGUUAGCUGUGUAAAAAGUAAGCUGAAGAGCUAUGCAGAAGGAACAUGGCAGUGCCCCAGCAGCAAAUACUGGACGGCUUCGGCAUCGUAAACGCUCAAAUGAGGUUCCUACAGAGGAUAGCAAAGAAAAUGGAAGGCAUUUACUUAUUAAUGAUCAAAGCAAAUACAGAUCAAUGUUGACUCGUGUAUAUUCAUCAAUUUGGAUGAUUGGGGGCUUUGUACUCAUAAUCUACAUGGGUCAUCUCUGUAUUUGGGCCAUGGUGGUUGUUAUCCAAAUUUUCAUGGCAAAAGAGCUGUUCAAUCUACUCAGGAAAGCGCAUGAAGAUAGUCACCUGCCAGGAUUUAGGCUAUUGAAUUGGCACUUUUUCUUCACUGCUAUGCUGUUUGUAUAUGGCCGCAUUCUCAGUCAACGGCUUGUCAACACUGUUACAUCUGACAAAUUCUUAUAUCAACUCGUGAGCAUUUUUAUCAAGUAUCACAUGGUUACCUGCUAUUUCUUAUAUAUUGCAGGUUUUAUGUGGUUCAUUCUCACACUAAAGAAGAAGAUGUACAAGUAUCAAUUUAGCCAAUACGCAUGGACACACAUGAUUCUAAUUGUGGUGUCCACACAGGCCUCCUUCACAGUAGCCAACAUUUUUGAAGGAAUUUUUUGGUUUCUUCUUCCAGCAUCACUUAUUGUUAUCAAUGAUAUUGCUGCUUAUUUCUUCGGUUUCUUCUUUGGAAGAACCCCUUUGAUCAAGUUAUCUCCGAAGAAAACAUGGGAAGGUUUCAUUGGAGCAUCUGUUACAACUAUCAUCUCUGCAUUUAUGCUUGCAAAUAUUAUGGGUCGCUAUGAGUGGCUAACAUGUCCAAGGAAGGAUUUGUCAACUCGUUGGCUUCAUUGUGAUCCUGGUCCGUUGUUCAAACCGGAGUACUUCACUUUACCAGUGUGGGUUCCUAAAUGGUUUCCUUGGAGAGAAGCCCAGGUUUUACCUGUUCAAUGGCAUGCGGUGUGGCUUGGUCUUUUUGCAUCAAUAAUAGCACCUUUUGGAGGUUUUUUCGCAAGUGGUUUUAAAAGAGCCUUCAAGAUUAAGGAUUUUGGUGAUAGUAUUCCUGGACACGGUGGAAUGACUGAUAGAAUGGAUUGCCAGCCAAAGAAAUCGUGAAAGGUCAGGGGAAAGGGAUAGAAAGCACUUAUCUGGAGAAGAGGAAAGAAGGGAGCAGAAAAGUGUUUUGGUACUACAAAAGUUAUCUUUUUGACUCUAUUAUUAUGCAAGACAUACUUCAAGUUUCAAAAUGGUCUGCCUAAAACUAUAUUAUCAACCAACAUGGUAGUUACAUGGACUUGGCCGCUUAGUAUAUGUCUAAAUGUUUGAUUCAUUUAAUUUUCAUGGCGAGAAUUUAAUAUUUCUUAAUAUACACUUCUUAUUUUUUUUUUCCUUCUUUUUUUCCUUUCUUCCUUGGGUAAAAAUGAAGCUGACAAGGUGAUAUAGAGCAUUUCAUGCAUAAUAGGAGUGUUUUAGAUAUAGUUUUGUGGUAAACUUGAAUAAUUAAAUAUGCUUGCUAGUUGAAUGUCUACACAUGUUGGACACAAUCCCAUACUCUUAUCCAAGUAUGGAGUGUCCGAGAUGGAUAAUUCAUAGGCCACGUAUGAGCAUUGUCCAGGGCAAUUAUAGUGCAUGAUUACAUCUUCUAUCUCAAUGAUCUGAUCUUUUCUUUCUUGUUUUCAUUCUUGGGCUUGUGUUCUGCACGUGCCUGCGUAUUUUGGGUGUCUUAGUAAUAAUAGCUAAAAAGCCAAAAAGUUACUAAAAAAGCUAAAAAGUCAGAAUUAUACAAAAAAGUCAAAGAUUCUGUUUCCUCUCUACUUUUUGCACAUUUUUUUUCGUAAAAAGUCUAAAUAUCCCAAAUAUAUUAAAUUUUUCACCUCAUAUUUUUGCCAAAAACCCAAAAUGUUAUUAAAAUAGCCUAUUCACAAACCAACCACUAGUAGAUUUGGAUUCAUAUUAACCACGGAACAAAGUUCAGAUCAAGCAAACAUCUCUUGGUCCCUUGCCCUACCAUUGAAAGUUAUCCUAGCAUAUCUUAAAGGUGAUUAUGACCAUAUGUUUAUAUAGUUUUCGAGGGUUAAUAAUAAUUGGUUUCUUGGUUUGGCUUUGUAGUAGCUUCCAUAUAAGAUGGAUGAUUGGUUAAUUUUUAUUCUCAAUACAUAAUACGACAUUCAUAUAUAUAUAUAUAUAUAUAUUUUUGGGAUAAAUAAUCAUACUUUAUUAAAGAAGUAUUAAGACGAUGCAAAGAAUACAAAAAAUGGGCUCCACAAAGGACCCAAACCGAACUAACUAAGCAAAUCCAUCACAAACAAAACUAACUAAUCAAAUCCUCCACAAAAUCUACAAAAACCAAAACAUUUAGAUCAAUCGAACGUAUAACCCAACUAUGAAGCACCAUAAGAAGCCGGCUCUCUAGCCAAGGAACUAAAUGAGACACCCCGAAAAACACGCCUAUUAUGCUCCAACCAAAUCAACCACAGUAAAUAAUGGGAAGCCAACAACCAAGCCUUAUGACGCCUUAUCCCAACCCUACCCCCUAUUCAACUCUACAACACCUCUAACAUUGAGCCCAGUUGCAUCCAAACUAGACCAAAAGUUGCAACAAUCAACAUCCAAAGCCGAGACGGAAUUAGACAAUGAAUAAGCAAAUGAUCCACCGACUCUGCAUUCCUACAACAUAAAUAGCACUAAUUGACCAAAAUAUGUCAAUGGCGAGUUAAAUUAUCAGUAGUCAAGAUACACCCUAAGACCGCGUCCAAACUAAACUUUGGAUGUAGUCCUCACCACCCAAAUACACUUCUAAGGAAACGGGACAUUAUCUCCACCCGCAAGCACAAAAUAAAAGGACGACACCGAAAAAACUCCUUUGGACUUUGGACAAUCCCAUACUAGAGAGUCCACCUUAACCCCUCCAUACUGCACACCAUAUAAAAACCCCAGAAGAUCCACCAAUUGAUCCAACUCCCAAUCCUGAAUAGCACGAUGCAAAUGAACAUUCCAAACAAAUGACUGCCCUUGUCUCACCCUAACAGAAGCCACCACCUCCUUAACAUCAGGUGCAAUACCAAAUAUCAAAGGAAACAUUGUAGCUAAAGUUUGCACCUCACCCAACCCGUCCUUCCACAAUCGAACCCUAUCCCCCACCCCUACUUUAAACCUAACCCUCCAAAACUCUCCCGACCUAAUCAAAUCUCCUUCCACAAACCUCGACCAUGAAUUGGCCUGCCCUUCCCGAGCACCACCCUCCUGCCCAAAUCAUACUUCUCCAUCACCACCUUCCUCCACAACCGGUCCCUCUCCCUUACAAAGUGCCACAAUCAUUUCCCCAAAAGAGCCACAUUAAACGUAACCAAGCGCCUAACUCCCAAACCUCCCAAACCACCCCUUUAGGAACACAAAUCCUAUACCAAGCUACUAGAUGAUAAUGAAACCCUUCCUCCCCACCACUCCACAAAAAAUCCCUUUGCAACUGCCACAAGAAUCGCAUGCACCGACAUGAAAUAAGUCGGAAUACUCAUAAGGACGCUCUUGAUCAACGUGAUCCGCCCUCUUUUCGACAAAUACUGCCGCUGCACAUGAUAAACCACCCCAUCCCAAACCCUUUUCACCUUAAAAAUGGAACCCAAAGGUAACCCCAAGGAAGAAACCGGUAACGUAGCCACCUUGCACCCUAAAAUAGCUACCAACACUAGAAGCCGGGCCACCUUACCCACCGGAAUGAACUCUGACUUUGUUAGUUUACUCGAAGCCCCAAUAUAGCCUCAAAACCCAGAAGCACAUGCCGCAAAUGACUAAUUUGAUCUGCAUCCGCAUCACAGAAAAUAAACACAUCAUCCGCAUAAAAAAGGUGAGAGACAACCAGGAGAGUAAGACUUGUCCCCACUACAAAGCUCGCCAACAGGCCCCCUUGAACUGCUCAGAAUAAUAAACCACUCAGAACUUCCAUCACCAAAAUAAACAAUAAAGGUGACAAAGGAUCACCCUAAUGUAAACCCCUCCAUGUCAGGAAAAAGCUUUCCGGUGUCCCAUUAACCAAAGUCGACAUCCGCACAGUAGAUAUAUAAAACUAAAUCCAUCUUCUUCAUAUAUCCCCAAGACCCAUCCUUUCCAACACAAUAAAAACUUCUAAUUCACAUUGUCAUGCGACUUCUUAAUAUCCAAUUUACAGAUAACCCCCUCGAUGCAAGAUGAUUAGGACGGCAGCAAAUCUGGGCUUUAGGAUUGAUUUUAAUUGGGUUUUAUGGCUGAAAUUGCAAUAAGAGUAUAGGGUACAAGUAGGGUUUGUUUAGGGUAAUAAACGGGCAAGAGUUUAACCAUGAAAGAUGAGAUUGUUUAGGGACUAUGAAAAGUAUCCGUGAACAGUGUUAUGGGCUGUUGAAUGUGCAAAAAAUAAAAUAGAGAAAGGAGAAGAAAAAGAUAGAUUUAGGAAUCACUCUUAGAAUCCCUUAGGUAUCACACCUAAGGUUUGAUUGCAUCAUACAAUCCAUAAAGAAGCUUCAAAAGCUCUUCAAAUUCUUUAAAAUAUUAACUCUAUUGAAUUAAAAGCAUUACAUAAUUUUAUGUCAACUUUAGAGACUUUCUAAACUAACUAGAACCAAAAAAGGAAACUACUUUAAUAACUUAGACUUCCAAAACUAAUUUAAGAUCAAAUAAAAAACCUAAAUAAAACCCAAUUACAUAAUUUGACCCCCAAGACAACCCAUGGAUGACCCCUACAAUCCAUGACAACAAUAAUGAAAAUUACCAAAAUACUCGACCUAAAAAUUCUAGAAAUCAUGAUAUAAAAUUCUAAUAAUACUAGAAACAUUAUUAUAUAAGAUUCCUAUUAGGAUCUCUUUAAAAUCAUGCCAAUGUCCAGAUAUCAUCAUUUCCUUGAAUUUGGCCGUCCUUGAACUUUUUAUAUUCUGCAUCACUUUCCUUGCUGGAUUCUUAAAUCUCCACACUCAUUUGACAUAAGCACAGCAUCCAAAAUCUGCCGCCCACCGACAAAUGCAUUUUGGGACUCUGACACCACCUCCUCCAGAACACACCGGAGCCUAUUGGCUAAUAGAACUUUAGCCAGUAACUUAUAGACACUGCCUAAAAGACUAAUCAGGCAAAAAUCUUGAAUAUCCUCCACCCCUUCCUUAGAAAUCAAAGCAAUAAAGGUCGCAUUAAAACUCUUCUCAAAUUGCCCCGUUUGAUGAAACUAAUCAAACAUGGCCAUAACCUUUGCCUUCACCACCCCCCAA